AGAUAGUUCAAGGUUAGUUCAGAGAUCAAAUUAAAUUAGGAUAAUAGUUUAGGGGUCAAACGGAAAGAGGUUAGCGCCCAAAUCAGGCGUGUAACGGCGGCAGGUUUUUCAUCGUUACUUUCUUCAUUUUUGCCGCUUGAGAGACGUUCAUGUCGCAAAAAGGAUAAAAAAAAAAAAUAUCCGAAACCCCAAAAAUUCAAAUACUUUCUCGGCACUCUGCAACUCUCUCAGUUUUCUGUCCAACAAUGGCGUUGGACGACGACGACUGGGAUUUGAGCGCCGAAGAAUUCGACUCUCUGGAAAGAGACGCGUUCCAGAAACUCACUCAGCAACGCGUCAACUCCGCUUCCACGUGUUCUUCUUCUUCCUCUUCGUAUCCUUCGUUUGAUCUCUUCCAGGUGCCCCAAUCUUUUCCCAACAAUUACAACAGCAACUGUAGUUUCCAGAGUUCCCCUGCGAAACCCAUUUCGAAUUCUCUUCCGAACAAGGUAGCACCUUUGUCUCCCGGGACUAGAGUAUUACCUCCAUCAGUCCCAUGUAAAGUAAACCUUGAAGGUGAACGUCUAAAGGAGCUACCUAAGAUCACUGUUAAAUUUUUUCUUCAUGCUAGUGGAAACAUUGCCGCAAAAUUUCCUUAUGACCAGGCGGUAGUAGGUGCUGUUCGCAAGAUCCCCAAAGCCACAUGGUACGCUAAAGAAAGAUUAUGGAUGUUCCCUAUACCUUCUUUGUCUUCUGCUGAGAAGGUUCUUCAUGAGACAUCUGGUGUUAACAUUGAGGUAGAGAACUUAGAUCCCUUAGUUCACCGUGCUAUUGCUGCUGCCUCUGUUGUUCCAGACCUUCGAGACCAAUACGAUAGGAUACCUAGAUGUAUUGAAUCAAAGCUCUUGGCAUUUCAGCGAGAAGGUGUUAGGUUUAUCUUGCAGCACGGGGGGCGUGCUCUCCUGGCAGAUGAAAUGGGAUUGGGAAAGACUUUACAGGCUAUUGCUGUUGCAUCUUGUGUUCGUGACUGUUGGCCUGUUCUUAUAAUCACACCAUCUUCCUUGCGUUUACAGUGGGCCUCUAUGAUUCAACAAUGGUUAAACAUCCCUUCAUCAGAUAUACUUGUUGUUUUGACUCAAUGCGGUGGGACAAACAAAAGCGGGUUUACAAUUGUAUCCUCAAACGCCAAGGGGACCAUUCAUCUUGAUGGCCUAUUCAACAUCAUCUCCUAUGAUGUAGUACCUAAAAUUCAGAAUCUACUAAUGGCAUCAGAGUUUAAGGUUGUGAUUGCAGAUGAGUCACACUUUUUGAAAAAUGCUCAAGCAAAGAGGACAAGUGCCUCCCUUCCUGUCAUAAAGAGGGCUCAGUACGCAAUAUUGCUGAGUGGAACUCCUGCUUUGUCCCGACCAAUUGAACUAUUUAAGCAGCUUGAAGCCUUGUAUCCUGAUGUAUACAAAAGUGUUCACGAAUAUGGUAAUCGAUAUUGCAAGGGCGGAACGUUUGGAUUGUAUCAAGGUGCAUGUAACCAUGAAGAAUUGCAUAAUUUGAUGAAGGCAACAGUGAUGAUUCGCAGACUAAAAAAUGAUGUUCUUUCUGAGCUUCCUGUGAAGCGUAGGCAACAGGUCUUUUUGGAUUUGGCCGAAAAGGACAUGAAACAAAUCAAUGCUUUCUUCCGGGAGGUAAUCCAAGUCUCGUUAAUGAAGUUGAUAAGUUGAGAAUAAGUAGCUAUUGCCCUCUUGGAGUUCCAACUAGCUGAAGUCCGUUCACGUUUUGUUGUGCUGUUAUCUUAUAUGA